UGAUAUUAUAUAUCGAUAAUUAGUUUUACAUCGAAUGUAACUUGCGGGAAGCAUUAAAUCAUUUUCCACUCUAGCUUGAGAGCAAUUUGCUAAUUGAAUAAAAGUUGGAGUUAUGUUUUAUGAUUGCGUGGGUGAAGAUAACUCCGCCUCUGGGCGGAGUUAACUUCUUAACAGCGACUCGGCCCACUGCUACUGGAUCCAGAUAACGCAACAAAAACUCAAAAAUAUACUUAUGAUCUUCUCUCAUAUUCAUCUUUGCUGGUAUGAGGUCUAAUAUCCAUCCUGUUGAGGCAUCGAGAAUCAGUCUUAGUUUCGAGGCAUCCAACAUCGCGCACGCGUCUGACACCCUGUUUGUCUGUUAAUUAAUUAUUAAUUAAUUAUUUAUUUAUUUUUUAACUAAUUAGUUGUAUUUAUUAAUACUCACAGUGAUGCUUAAUGACUAAGUGUUGAUUUAUAAAAAUUUCUUCUUUAGAAAAUUUAUUAAAGUGAUUUUGAUUUGAUAUUUUGUUGGUAUUUGUGAAGUAUAUUUUGGAAAAAAAAAAAAGUUAUUAUGUUGGGUGAAUAUGAAAGUCAUGCUGAUUAUUAUCCACAAUGGCAUCAACCCUAUCAUUAUUCUAGCCAAAGACCUUAUGAUUCCGUGGGAUUAUCCGACGUAGACCGACAGCAACUUUGCUGCGGAGGAGACUCAGGAAUAUCCGGCGGCAGUUCUGACGCCGGAAGUGGAUCGGCAUCAACACCUCCUCUGCCAUUAGAAGAAUUCGGGGGCCCGGAUUCAAUUUACGGCUCCCCAAUCCAACACUAUUCGCACUCGAUACCUCAGCAACUGUAUUCUUCAAUGCACUACUCUCAGCAGCAGUACCUGGACCAGCAGAACCAUCAAAAUUCAAGCCAGCAGAAGCUGGACCGACAUAUCGACUUCUCGAUGUCAGUUACUCACCUCCAGAACAAUAAUAUGCCCGGAACCGGAUCUACCGAGCACCUCCAGCUCAGCCUGCACCACCACAUGAACUCAAUCUCCCACGACAGCUCCUCGACUUUGAUCAUCAGGCCCAAAAGGAGGAACACCGCGAAUAAAAAAGAAAGACGACGGACUCAAAGUAUUAAUAAUGCGUUUGCUGACCUGAGAGAUUGCAUCCCAAAUGUUCCGGCGGAUACUAAGUUGUCCAAGAUAAAAACUCUUAGAUUAGCGGCUUCUUAUAUUGGAUACCUGAUGGCUGUUUUGGAGAGUGAUAAGGAAGACGAGCCACAAACAUUUCGCGCUGAAAUUUUGUCCAGUGGAAAAAGAAGUAAAUCUCAGCAGAAUUCGAAUGACUCGUAUCAAAACAUAAGCAAUUUUUAUGAAGAAACGUCAAAGUGUAAAGGAAGAACUGGAUGGCCUCAGCACAUGUGGGCACAAGAAUUGAAGCAAGAAUCUUCAUCAACCACGACGUCGGCGUCUUUAACAGUCAGUCAGUUACAAUAGAAUCUUUUCAUUCAGAAUAGAAUAUCUAUAGUUCUAAGAGGGAUAUGUUUAAUCCAUAGUUUUUAAAAAAGUACAUAUAUAUAUAUACAAUCAAAUACACUUGUCUACAUACAUAAUAUAUGUAUAUAAAUAUCAAAGAACAUUUUUUUUCAACUCUAAGUCUGUAAAUAAUGUAUUGUACGUUUUCUUCUUCUUUUUUGUUAUAUAUUGCGAAUUAUGAGAUUAAUUAAAUUGAAGAUUUA